AUGCCGUUUACCUGUCCGUCUAUGGUCACUAGACCAAGAACAACUCGUCCUUCCGGCUCCUAUAUCACCUGGAGCGAUGUCAUCCGCUCUAAUCGAUCUCCAUCUCCGGUCAUUAGACGCCUUCGAACCCAUCCCUCUGCGUCUACAGUCACUACCCCUGACAGUUUCCUUUUUCCCACUCCCAAUCCUCCAUGCACACUCGCUAGGCGUGGUGCAAUCCGCCGUUCCGUUCCCAAACCCAUUACGCUCUAUUCAGCCUGCCCUCUGACAAAAAAUAUUCCUGGAACUGACUCGAUCUCGACUUGCCGCAAGCACGAUAGUGCACGCAACCACCACGUCUCCGGAACCCGUAUUUCCGACGCACCUUAUUUCUCUGAUAUAUCGCCCUUCUCUAACUGCUCCCCUGACACCUCAUCCCCCGACACCUCCUUUAACACCACCACCACCACCACUACAUCCUCCUCUGACAUCUUCUCCACUAACAUCCACUCACCCUCUGAUACUUGCCCCUCUGACAUUACCUCUCCUGAUGUUCCCUCUUCUGCAACCGCCUUCUCCUCUGACACCUCCACUGAAUGUAACUGCGGCUCAAUAAUAUUCGACGCCUUGGACAACAGUCUUGGGGGUACCCCCUCCAUUACCAAGGCCCUUGAAACCGUCCGCCUGUACGGCGGCUGCGACGGACUAAAGCGUAUCAUCGACCCCAUCGAACAGUUGAGCCUCUGCAAGAUAUGCACCAAGGAUGAAUCCCUCCGAGAUUUCUUGCACUUGGUCUGCAACGGAGUCAUUCGGCAAUACCGGCAUUUCUACUACGCACUCAAGGAACACUACGAAACAGUCGACUACCGGCUUGGAUUAGGCUCCAGCCACGAAAGAGAGCAGCACGACUGUACUUUCGUGCUCUAUGCCGUUCAAAUCGUGCGCAUAAUUGCCAGCGUCGACCGACUCAAUCGCAUUCUUCCCGAACAGCCGCUCUACGACGAAGAUGCCUGGUAUGCCCUAGCCAACCAGGGCGAGCAACUGGUCGACGCCACCGGCCGACUCCGAGAGCAGGUGGUCUUGGGUGACGGCUGA